CCUUCCAUUCCAUCGUCCCCCCACCACCACUCGAACAGACUAGCGCCUCCUCGGCUCCUCGCUUCUUCUCUUCUUCCUCUGACACGGCCGGAAGUGAACCCAGGCGAGACGGCGGCAAUCGCCGGACCAUAAUGGCCUCAACCAGUGCUCCCGCAAGCGCGUGCCGCGUCACGCCGGCCGCCUUCCUCCCCGCGCGCUCGCUGGCGGGCUGCAGGGCGGUGCUGUGGCGGUGCUGCUGCACGAGGAGGGGAAGGCGAAGGAGAUGGGCGGGGCUGAGGGCCAGGUGCUCCGGAGGCCAGUCUUCCGCCGUGCAGCCCGAUUCAGAGAGCGCUGGGGAGGGAUUGGUGGAGGAGGAGGACGGGCCGCGGCGGCCGCCGUUCGACCUCAACCUCGCCGUCGUGCUCGCCGGGUUCGCGUUCGAAGCCUACACCAGCCCACCGGCAGAUGUGGGCUGGCGCGAGACCGAUGCGGCGGACUGUCAGACAGUGUUCCUAUCCGACGUGUUUCUCCGUGAAGUAUAUGAUGGUCAAUUAGUUGUGAAGCUGAAGAAAGGCAUAAAUCUUCCUGCAAUGGAUCCAUGGGGUACAAGUGAUCCUUAUGUAAUUCUACAACUGAAUGGCCAAACUGCAAAAAGCAACAUUAAAUGGGCGUCGAAGGAGCCAACAUGGAAUGAAAACUUCACAUUUAACAUUAGGAAAUCUCGAGAAAAUCUGCUUCAGGUUGCAGCUUGGGAUGCAAACCUUGUUACCCCACACAAACGCAUGGGAAAUGCUGGAUUGUACCUUGAAUCACUUUGUGAUGGAAAUAGUCAUGAUGUUACUGUUGAAUUAGAAGGCCUUGGUGGUGGAGGAACUAUUGAGAUAGAGGUCAAAUACAAGAGUUAUGAUGAUAUUGAGCGCGAGAAACAAUGGUGGAGAAUUCCCUUUGUAUCUGACUUUCUUGUGAAGAGCAGCCUGGGAUCUGCUCUUAGAACAGUCCUUGGAUCUGAAAGUAUAAAUGCAAGUCAGUUUGUGCAAUCCGCAUUUGGGCAACUAAGUUCUUUCACUUACACCUACCUUCCAAAACCACCAUCUUUGGAAAGUGGAGGUGAGGUCUCUGAAAGUGUUGAGAAGUCCCGGGAUAACCCAGUUGAAUCAAAUGAGCUUCAACAUCAGAAUAUUGAUUCUGGUGACAGUUCAGAUUCUCAAUGUGAGGGUCAGUCUCCUGCUGCAGCUGUUAACGGUGCGGGAAAUGCAUCGUCAGGUAUGAAGGAAUCAGAUGAAUACUUCUGGAGAGCUUUGAAUAAUGUGCUCAAUCAAAAUGUUCUACAAAACUUUGGAUUUUCUCUUCCUGAGGUCAAGAAAUUGGAUGGAUUUGACCUAUUAAGUUCACUUGGUUUAAAAUCACGUGAAAUUGCUGAACAGAAAUAUCUAGAAUCUGGAUUGGCAACUGCAGAUACUUCAACAAGGGAUGACAGUGUAACAGCUCCUGAAGAAGCAGUUGGUGCUGUCAAUGAAAAUGGAGCACUGACAAGCAAAGAGGAGAAGGAGCAAUCUUCCUUUCUGGACAUCAAUAAAGUAUCUCGUGAUGUAUUGUCUCAAACAGAGAAUAUACUAGGUGCUUGUAGGACCGGAAAAUGCGACCAGAGGGAGGGUGAAUGGGAGCAACUCAAAAUAAUUUCGCACGGAAGCAAACAGAUCAAACUCCCAAAUUUCAAGAACUUUAGCAAAUUAGAUCCAAACGCGAGGAAACUCGAAACAUAGGUUCACAAGAUCACUAGAAAUCUAUUCUCAAAAUAUUAUGCAAGGAAAUUAAGUAUAAAAUGCGGAUCAAGAAAACCUAGAUUGAAACCGACGAUAAACCUGACGAAGAACAAAUAAGCACGAUGCAAUGAAACGAAGAACAAUACUUAAUGAUAAAGUAUUAAACCAAGUACUUGUUCUUACAAAAUUGCAUCUAGCCUCCGCCCGAUCGUCCUCCCUCUCUUGAUUAGAGAGAUCAACAAAAAUCCCUCACUAGGAAUUAAACCCUAGGCUAGACUGGAGAGAGGAGUGCACGCAAGAAGAGCUUCAGGGAGGCGGCUACUGUUCACGGCGGCUGCUGUUCACGGCGGCUACUGUAGCGCGCAAGACUGUAGCGCGGAACUGUUCACGGCGGCUACUGUAGCAGCGCCCCCCAAAACCCUAAAAACGCAUACCCCUCAAUCCUAGGUGCCGCAUAUUUAUAACCCAUAGGGUGGCACUACCUAAAUUACAAAUUUGCCAUUACGUAAAUCAAAUUAACGUAAUCGGCGCGUAUCACGCAAUAUCAUCCUCCACGGCAAACAAUCUCGAUGUCCGCGAUCCUUCCAUCUAGCACCAUGGCGUCCCGUGAUCUCGCCGCACGAUGAUCCGGAAUCUUCUCGCGAUCGACAAUUGUCCCCAUCUUCGGCCACGUCCGCCGCAACGAACGUCCGGGAUCUUGGUUUUGUGGCUUAACCAAGAAACCGUCCACCAACGUUCUCUCGCUGUGUCGUCAGGUACAGUAGACAUACACCGCACGAUCUCAAAUCCCUCGAACGCAAGUCUUGAUCCACCCUUCACCGCUCUCAGUCCAUCGGCGUGGCAUCAUAUCUUCAUUCUUCACACGUCGCCGCAUGUUCAGUCUCCACCUAUCACCUGCAACGACACCAACCAAGAGAAACGUCACACGCACACUGUGUUGUUCAAUCACUCAUCACAAGGUCCUAGCCCCACGGGCAUCUCAAUCUCCCCCUUGAUGAGUGCAUUGACAACACCACACCACACAAAUUUAUUCAAACAAAAAUAGAGUAAAAGAAGAAAGAAAAGAAAACAAUCUAACAAACUUGAUCCCCAAAGACAUGGGCUAGCAACAAAAGCUAGGCUCGACACAAUCAAGACAAAUACAAGAGUAACUG